UUUUUUUUUUUGGUUCUUUUUUUCGGAGCUGGGGACCGAACCCAGGGCCUUGCGCUUCCUAGGUAAGUGCUCUACCACUGAGCUAAAUCCCCAGCCCCGCCAAUCUUUAAGAUGACUGAGUCUAGCAGCUUCUGUAUACUCUGCAUUUCUGUUUGUGAAUUCCCUGUCUAUGGUACUAUUAGCCAAAAUCCUUGGCUCCUGGAAAUGGACACGUGUGUGUGUGUGUGUGUGUGUGUGUGUGUGUGUGUGUGUGAGAGAGAGAGAGAGAGAGAGAGAGAGAGAGAGAGAGAGAGAGAGAGACUCAUGUAGUACAAACUGGCUUUGAACUGAUCUUCUAGACUUCGUCUUCUAAGUGCAAGUUGCGAAAGCCACAUUUGGCUCGGGUAACGUUGUUGUUGUUGUUGUUGUUGUUGUUGUUGUUCUUCUUCUUCUUCUUCUUCUUCUUCUUCUUCUUCUUCUUCUUCUUCUUCUUCUACCUCCUCCCCCUCUUUCUCUUCCUCCUCCUCCUCCUCCCCUCCUCCUCUUCCUCCUUCUUUUUCUGAGACAUGGUCUCACCAUGUAGCCUUGGCUGACCUAAAACUUGCUAAGUAGAUCAAACUGACCUCAAAUCCACAGAGUUCUACCUGCCUCUGCCUCUCCAGCACUACCACACGCAGAAAGACACUGUGAUACAGCAAAUAUUUCGAGAAUAUUUGUAAUGACGAGAAACAGGGUGGGGUACAUAGGAGCACUUUCAUUUUCUGUAUUUUAAAGACACGCUUGUUCUCUGUGUCUUAACACACUCGCUGUUAAUGGACUGUUUGCCGAGCUAACCACCCCCAAGUCCAGAUACCCCUGGUAUGGAGGAAACUUGGGGAGUGUACUUGAUAUUCAAAGCUCAAACAUCCACAGAAUGAGAGGAGAGAUCGAGGGACAACAUCAAGAUAGGUACAGACAUCCCAAGUCUCAGAAAUGUUGCCAGCCACCUGACCAGGGCAUGAGCAAACUCUAGAAUGCUUGGCUGCCUCUGUGCCCCCACCCACCUUCUCUCUGUGGACUCUGCUGCCUGGAGAUAAGAGACAGGACAGUUUUUAAGGUGUUAACCUACUGCCUUCUCAGACUGCUGAUUCUGAACAAAGCCUGACUUACAGAUUUAAGUCCUGAGUCUGCUCAUUGACUUCUGUGGUAUCGGGUGUUGUGAGCCCCAGUCUUCAGGUUACAUAUUCUGGAGACUUCUGGGAGGGCUCUGGGACUCCCCAGUAAGUCACUGAGUUAGCAGAGAGUCCUGAUCAGUACCUGGAUUUAGGGUUUCUGGAGUUUCAGGUUGUGAAGUUACCCAAUGAUUUCCCUUGGGGACUUCCCCUUCCUGUACUCUGACACUUGACAUGGUUUUCCUCUGACCAGUUGAAUUAUGACACUUUCUAAUUGAUUCCUUGGGUAAGGCUUGUCUGGCUUCUGGUUUAAAAGUCUUUUCUAUUCUAUAGUCUUCCCUGGCUUAUGGCCUGUGUGCCCUCCAUGGUAAAAAUCCCUUUCUGUACUCUGGUUUAUUUCAGAGCUCUGUUGAAAUGGAUGAUGCAACCUUACUUCCUAGGGAUGGUCCCUUGAGGCAUGUCCUGGAUGAACUGACCAUUAUGGUUAUGCUUCAAUUAAAACAAAAACGGCUCCUUCUAGCCACCCCUCCCUGAAGCUCUUCAGGGGAGCAGGUUCCUUUUGUGCCACACAGUCAGGAAAUAUGGGAUCAACAACAACAAGAGUGUUGUUUCCCUCCCUCACCUCACAUGUGUAUGUCUGUGCAGUUGACUGUGUGCAGACAGGUCCACAUACACACGAGUGCACCACUAGCGAGUCCUGAGGCUAGGGUAAGAUACCUUCAUGGGUCUUUCUCCAUAUUACAGGCAGGUUCUCUUGUAGAGCCUGGAACUCAUCAACUCCAGCUAAGACUAACCACUCAGUGUGGUAACUCCAGCUCUUGGUGAAAUGUAAAAUUUUAUAUCUCUCAGGCUUUCAUGAAAUGAGGAAAACAUAUGGAAAGGAGUCUUUUUAAAAAUCCAAGCUACAAUGAAGUUUGCCUAAAACUUGAAACAGAUCAGAGAUUUAGAGUUUAACAAUUGGCAGGCAGCCAACCUUAAUUCGUUAUAGUGUGACAUGAAUGUUCUUAGGUCCCACUUGCAUUCUGUCUCCACUCUACUAUCUGUAUAUACAUGUUAUCUCCAGGCUAGCAUCUACACAGUGUUAACGGUUUGCUCUGAGAUAGCCACUUCCUAGUCCGAAUGUUCCUGGAGAAGUUACAAGGUACUGGAGAAGUACCAGCCAAAAAGAUAACUACAGACUCACAUUUCAGAUAGCACCUGACCCAAACAUCCAGAGGAUGUGGAAAGAGCACAAGGGGUAUGAGUGAGCACCUGACCAAGGCAAGACACAGCUCUAAACAGAACCACUUGCCUCUACCUCCCCCCAUCAUCCACCUUCUCCCUGUAUACUCUGAUAGCUCAAGGUGCCUUUAUAUUGCUGGAAUAAAGCACCAUGACCAAGGAAACCUAGAAACCAUAACUGGGCUUAUGAUUUUAGAGGGUUAGAGUCCACGAUGACCGAGUGAUGGAGUGACUGCACCAAGGCAGAAACAGCUGGAAGUUCACAUCUCAAAGCAUGAGCAAGAGGCAGAAAGCCGCUGGGAAUGGCACAAGUCUUUUGACAGUUCAAAGCCUGUCCUCAGUGACGUACUUGGUGGGCCUCUCUGCAACCUCUUAGACAGCGACAAGACAAGCUGGAGGUGGCCAGAAGGCAGUUCAGUUCAACAGGACUCAGUAGCAGGUGAUGGUUCAAACUUUGGAAGUCUGACCCUGAAUUGUUGAUUUAGAUCUAUUUGAGCACAGCACAAUUUAGUGAAGGGCACAACAGUGAGUAUGAAAGUCUACCUGAACAAAGUAAACUAAAUACAAACUGGACAUGAAUACAUAGAGCGCUUUGUAAAGUUCAUAAAGGUAGGUUAUGAGAAAAACAAUUUAUGAUAAAAGUCUGGGAGGGAUCCACUACUGGCAAAUCUCCAGCCACAGAAACAACGCAAAGGUUAUCAGGCCAGUAAGCACUGUUCCAGCCUUCUAUGCAGAGAACAGGUUUUGUCUUUCUUCCCUUGAAGGAACCACCCUGUGUGCUUUAAGAUUCAGAUUCUCCCAGGGCAGUGGAUCUCAACCUUCCUAAUGCUACAACCCUUUAAAACAGCACCUCAUGUUGUAGUGACCCCAACCAUAAAAUUAGAAAACUCUCUUAGGCUGGAGAGAUGGCUCAGCAGUUAAGAGCACUGACUGCUCUUCUAGAGGUCCUGAGUUCAAAUUCCAGCAACCACAUGGUGGCUCACAACCAUCUGUAAUGAGAUCUGAUGCUCUCUUCUGGUGUGUCUGAAGACAGCUACAGUAUACUUAUAUAUAAUAAUUAAAUAACUAAGAAAAAAUAAUUAAAUAAUUAAGAAAAAAAGAAAACUCUCAAACUACCACAGGUAUUAACCUGCCUUCUCAAGGUUGCUGCCUCUGCAAAGUGCAGCACAAGACUCAACUCCUGUCUUUGCUCACUGCCUUCUGUGGGAACAGGCCUCAUGAGCUCUGUCUAGUAUUCUGACUUCAUUUAGCUGUUAGAAUUAGAUGUAAGUGGGGUGGGAGCUGGGGAGAUGGCUCAGUCAGGAAAGUGCUUGUGGCUAAAGGAUGAAGACCUGAGUUCAGAUCCACACACAUACAUAAAAUCUGAGCACUGCAGUGCAUGUCUGUAAACCAGGGCUGAGGGUGUAGAGACGUGGAGACAGGCACAUCCUGGAUGCUUGCUGACCAGGCAGGCUAGCCCCAAAAGCAAGCUGCAGGUUCUGUGAGAGACUCUGUCUCCAAAAUUAAAGUGUAGAAUGUUAGACUUGUGGUCUUUACAGAUUCAUGAAACCCGUAUACACUCCCCCAAAUCACAGACAUGAAAGUGGGGAGCAGUUCAGUGGUAGAGUAGUUACCAAACAUGCACAAGACCCUGGGUUUGAAUCUAAUAUAUAAAUGGAAAAUAGGUUAAUUUAAUCAUUCGUGGUUUUUUUUUAAAAGAACUAAACAUUUGGAGGAAGAAGGCUUUAAGGAAACCAUGAUAGUCUAUGAUUUUAGCUACUACUGUGACCUGAGAGUUCUCUGUCAACCUAGGCAAAUCCACUUCUUCCAGAUUGAGAUCAGCUGGCAGAUGUCAUGAGAACUGCCUGUCCCUGUGAUGGCAGCAUUGUCCCCUGUGCAUGUCAUGCUGUUCUAGUUGAUGUUGUAGGUAGAGCAAGAUAAGUUUCAAGAUUUCUAUCAUGUGUCUGCAGAAGCCAAACUUCCAGGCCAACAUGGUGGUGGUAUAUGCCUGUAAUUCAAGUAUUUGGAAGGCUGAGGCAUGAGAAUCCCGAGUUUAAGAUCAGCCUGGGCUACACAGGGAAUUACAGGUCAAAGUCAAACCCCAUAGCAAGACCCUGUCUCAAAAACAAAAGACUCACUUGCCCAGGGCUUUUGAAAACAUAGCAAUUAAAUAGUGAUAAUAAAAAGUGUUGGGGCUGAAGAAAGGGCUCUGUGGUAAGAACAUUGUGUGGGAAAGUAAGAGGAUCUGAGUUCAACACUAAAUAAAAUUUGGGCAUGGCUGCAUGAGGUCGAAAGAGAAAGGUCCCUAGAGCUCACUGGCCAGCCAGCUUAGCAGAAAUGGCUAACUUCUGGCUCAGUGAGAGACCUUGUCUUAAAGAACCAGAGAAUGAGAGACGAUGACACCCAACUUCCUCCUUUGGCCUCCACAUGAGCACAUGCAUCUGAACACAUGUGUGCAUAACACACACACACACACACACACACACAGAGAGAGAGAGAGAGAGAGAAAUUAUAGAAAGAACAAUAUAAUUGAUAAUAGUAAUGAAUAAUAAAUAAUGACAGUGCUGUAGCUACGAAGAAUAAAAAGCUGUAAGGACCAGUGAGCUCACAUAAGGAGGACACAUGCUGGGGCCACGAAGGGAGCGUCUGAGACGUCCUGGAUAAGGCAGAACCUCAACCUGUGCUUGUUUGUUUGCAUCCAAAGAAUUCCUGCAUCAGAGUGAGACAAUCUAAUAAAGCAUAUGAAGUCAUAUUCCAGGUCAAACUACUUUCUUUGUGACCUCAUUUUGCUUUCGAAUCCCAGUGAGCAGCAUAUAUUACUUGCUAGGAUAGCUUUUCUGUCCCUGGAAAGAACAGAUAGCCGGGCAGUGUGCGUGGCCUCCCUACAGCCCAGCAGUUACAGUUAAAGUAGCCAAGAAGAUAUAAGUUUGUGUUGUCCUGUGCUAAGGUGUGCUCACCCUUGAGGUCUGGCUUUGGAACUUGCAGGGCCAAGCAUCAGUGACAGCUGUGUGGGUUGAUGCAACCCAGUGUGGUCAAGCAUUGCCAGGUGCCUUUCCCAGAGGCAACCUCUCCAGGAUGUAUCCAGAACUUUCCUCUCUAAUUAGGUUGGAUUAAAACCAAGGCAUCCAAUGGAAGCAAAGGUCUUCACAAAAUUCUGAAAGCUUUCUGAAAGGAUACCUUUUUAAAGCAUUUGCCCCAAAAUAUCAGCCCCAAUAAAUUGUACUCGCAGAGUUGGGUGCUUAAAUGGACAGUUUAUUUCUCUUCCCCAAUCAAAAAGGAUUUCCUUUGGUUUGCUUUUAUUUUAUUUUAUUUUUUUUAUCUUUUGAGACAAGACCAAUCCAAUUUGGAAUUCACUAUGUAGCCCAGAUUAGUCUUAAACCUAAGUCAUUCUUCCUUCCCCAGAAUCCCAAGUGCUGGGAUUACAGGUGUGGACCACUAUACUCAGUUAAGAGUUUUCUUGUCCUUGUUUUGUUGUUGUUUGAGACAGCAAGUUUCCUAGGUAGCUGAGGCUACCUUGAACUCCCGAGCCUCUUGUCUCCAUCUCACAAGUGCUGGCAUCACCGGCCUGUGCUUCCACACCUGACUAAGGAUUUUCUUUAUUAGAGUUCUCAUACUCCUUCACCACCUCAGCAGUGAAGCAUACCGGCCCUUUAACAGGUGAGCUGAGCCUUCAAAAGCUAGGAGAAGCAAGCAGACCCUGGCCCGGGCUGACAUGGUUAAGCUGUGGGAAGGACAGCAGCAGUCGGGUGGGGGGUGCCCACAGCAGGGUGUCACUGUGCAAAGAAAGUGUCUGCCUGUAUUCUUGAUGCUUAGCCUAAUCCCUCACUUUUGUCCUCCUUGGAGCUGAUCUUGUGGGAUGAGAGGGUUGGGGGUUGUGCUGAUCUGAGAGCCCAGACUUCUCACUUCUUGGGGGUCAAUAUUCUCUGCUCACCGUACUGAAAGGAGAACGUGGAUGUUUUAGGGGGCUGUCCCAUCUUUAUUGGCUGAGGGAGAGAAUGUCUCUUGGUCUCUUCCCUCUCCCAGGUUCUCCUUCCAGAGGCUUUUUUAUCAGUGGAGGACACAACUGGCAAGGAAGCCCACAGGCUGCCAGGAUGAAAUGCCUUGAAGGUAUUACCAAGUGGGCUGGGCUGGACAGAAAAUGUCCAGAGGUUCAUAAGCCAAAGGGAUGCACCUCGUCGUGGUUAGGAAACCCGGCUCAUUCGUGAAAGCUCUUCCACUUGCUACCGAGAUAAACUUUUUCUGGGCUUUUAUUUCCAUUGCCCCUGUGGGAAACUAUCAGCAAUGCUCCUGACUGCUCUCUAUGGCUUUCCAGCAGGCGGACAAUGUGAAGUAUCCAGCACAUGGGGUUAAACUUCACUGAGCUGGUACAGCUGAGACUGGUUCAUUUAAAGAGGCAAGGGAAGGGCUUGUUGGAUUAGGAGGGGCAGGUGGAGAAAGAAGCCUAUGGUAUCCAUUCAGACCACUGAAAUGUUAUGUGCGAAGUGCAGGGGUUUUGUGCCUGCCAGGGGCUGUGCGGGUCAUUUGGGAGUGUUCCUGGAGCAGUGGGGCUAAGAGCAGCACAGAGCCAGUAUUUAAAAUGGUUCUAGAGGUAGCUUCUGAACAGAGUCUCUGUUGAGUGUCAGUCAGCCUCUCACCAAUGUCUCCAUCUUCUCCCCAGGUCUGCACUUACAGCACAGGCCAAGCAAAUUCUCUGUUCCCUUGGCUCCUGAAGAAGGCUUAGAAUGUGCCUUCCAACUGGAGGAAGAAGAGAAGGAGAACGAGGAGAAAUUUGUGUGUUCAGACUGGGCCCCAGAAGGGAAGGAGGAGGGGAAUGAUCUCUGGGAUCCAGCCAUAGUGAGCGCCAUCCAAAACACCCAAGUACCACAGCAGAGAGGGCUGCACAGUUCCCCCACAGUCAGGGCCUCUGGUGCCUUGGGGAUGUCACCAGCCUCCCUGCAUUUUCUGUGUCAGUCCGUGUUCCCGAGAACCAGUUCUCCAGCCCAUCAUUUUGGACCUCAACAGCCCUCACCAGAUCCUUUUCUGUUCUGCAGCCCUCUGACCCCGUGGCCCCCUAAACUCAGACUUCCCAGUCAUCUGACCCAGCUCCACCCUCAGCAUCAGAAGAUCCUACAGCAGCAGCAGCAGCAGUGGAGUCAGACAGCAAGACGUGUUCCAGGCCAGAAGCCUCGGUCUCGUGAGUCAGACGCCUAUGCUAACCUCAUGACCCGAAAAGAGAAGGACUGGGUGAUAAGAGUGCAGAUGGUUCAACUGCAGAGCGAGAACCCCCGCCUGGAUGAUUACUACUACCAGAAGUACUAUCAGAAGCUAGAGAAGAGGCAGGCAGACCAAGAGCUGCUUGGGCAGAGGAACAGGGCUCAGUCUCUCAAGUUGGUCACGCCUUACAUCCAGAAGUCUGAAGUUUAUGAGUCAGUGGUACGAAUCGAGGGUUCCCUGGGCCAGGUGGCUGUAUCAACAUGUUUUAGCCCUCGCCGAGCUAUUGAUGCUGUAUCUCACGGAACUCAAGAGCAGGAUACAGGAGCUGCGAGCAGCCAGAGACUUCGGGUAUUAUCCCAGAUUGAGAAGAUGUUCCUUCAGUUAUUAAAAAUAGAGGAGGGCCAGAACGAUGGGUUACCACAACACUACCACUUGAGGGAACAGAGCAACCAGGUUGAGAAGCUCUUUCAGGCCUUAAAGACUCAGGAACAGAACAACCUGGAGGAGGCAGCAGAUAACCUUCUGCAAGUGCUGUCUGUGAGGAAAGGGAAAAUUUUCGUGGCUCGGCUGCUCCCCUUCCUGCUCCAGGAUCAAGCUGUUAGCCUCCUCCUGUAUAUCACGUACCAUCUGCCCCUCCUGAUCCAGAGAGACAUGGCUGAUCAGAGUCUACAAAUGCUAUUCAAACCUCUGAGGAAAUAUAUCAGACAUUUGACCUUCCCUCAGCUCCUCCAUGCCCUGCAAGGUCUAAUGUUGCUAUCACCUGACUCCUCAGAGCGGCCAGUCUCUGUGGUACUUCAGAAUCAGUUUGGGAUAUCCCUGCUGUAUGCCUUGCUAAGUCAUGGAGAGCAGCUGGUGUCCCUGGAUUCUUCCCUGCAAUCCAGCAGUGACUGCGUAGCUUGGACAGACUUGGUGAUUCUGGUUGCCUGGGAGAUUGCUCAGUUACCUGCAGCAUCCUUAGCGGAACCUCUAGCCUUCCCCAGGAAUCUCCUCCCCCUGUUCUACCACCACAUGGACCAACAAUUAGUUCAGCAGCUGGAAGCCAGAAUGGAGCUUGCCUAUAUCUACUGAUGUAUUAGUUCUGGAACAUAUACCUGAGAAAUUAAAAUACCAGAAAUGAAACUCCAUCACCUGUCUACAGUGAAACCGUCGGGGCCAUUUCCUAUCCUUUGUUGUGCUGGAGAACCCUGCCACAUCGUCAUAUCCUUUCCUAAAAUCUAGGUGAUUUGCCUAAAAUGAAGGCAUGACUACUUGGGUAUAAUUAAAGGAAUAUCAAAUGGUAUGUUGAAACUUGUUUGUAAGUUUGGAAUUACAAAUGAAGCCUACUUUCGUGAAUAUAUCAAGAAUAUCCUUCCUAAUAAGGGGAAAGGCCUUGUUGUAUUUAAUAAAAGUCUGAUCUGGGAUGUUGCUUCAGUGUUGUCAGACUUUAUGUAAACCAAACAGUUCAGCUAAGGCUGAGAGGCUUGGAUGUAAGCAUCUUCCUUGGCGUAGGAAAAUACAUGGCUGUAUUUUGUCAAAUGAAAGACCUGCUUCAUCAAGGAACACUACAGUACCUUUCAUGAGCCACGCUGGGUUUCAGGCAGGAAGAUAACAGUAGUGAACAAGUCUCUGCUACCUCCAGGUUUACAUAGAGAUUGGUCAGGAAUUGACCUAAAAUAUCAGUUAGUCAUAAAUACUAUGGGGAAACAUGGUGUGAUUUGAGAGUGACGAGUAGAGAGAGGCUUUAGACUUUAGACUGAAUGAACCAGGAAGGCAGGUUAACAGGUUGCCAUUCAGCCAAAAUGUUCAGCUUGUAGCAUUGACUAUGUUACAGAGGCACCGUUACUAGGCGGGGAGGCAUAAUCCUGUAUUCCUAGUACCUGGAAGGCCAGUGAAGGGAGGAUCAGGCGUCUAAGGCCACUAGGGAGCCUUUAUCAAAUAAGUAGCUUGACCAAAUGCCUUUUCAGUACCUCUCAGCUCUCUCUGCCUUCUCUUUUCUGUAUCGGACUAUACUUCCCUGAGAAAUUCAGAAGAAAUUGAAAGGUGAACUACUUCACCAUCUCCCCUCUGCGUGCAUCCAUCUGUUACAAAGGAUAUCGUUUGACAUAUAUAACCAUGUUAACCUUCACGAUUUUAAGGAAGUCCUUGGUGGAGGACCACAAAGAAUAGAUUGACCUCAAAAGGAGGUCUAUUGGUCUGAAAAGUUGGCACCCCCAAGUCCUGUGGCUGGGUACCCAAGGAUACAAGAAAAAUCACCUCGAAGGGUCUGAAAAUCAGUUUUGUAGUUAGGAGGAAGAGCUUGGUAAACUGCUCUUCAAAACUACCUGAUAGGGGAAGAUGAGUCCAUUGUCUGGUUUGUUUGUUUUUUAAACCCUGGUCCCAAGCAGCUGGGGGAGUGUGUGUGUGUGUGUGUGUGUGUGUGUGUGUGUGUGUGUGUGUGUGUGUGUUUAAGGGUGGAGGGUUCUUUAUAGUUCUAGUUCUUUAUAGUUUUAAAACUGGUAGUUUACUUGCUACCAAGAAAACCGCACUUGGCCUGUAACCAAGCAGCACAAAAAGUGAAGAGUAAUCCGCAACAUGGUUUCAGUGGAGUAUGAGGCACCAGCCUCAAAAAUCUUUGGUAACAAGAUCAGCCCAGGCAGCUGAAAGGCCUCGGCAAAUAUUGAAAUGAGCUGAGUAGGGGAAGGUGUGGUUUUGCAGGAUUCAGUUUAGAGACGCC